AUGCAUGUCUUCCUAGCCCUCAUGUUUGUGGCUGCUGCCACGGCCGAGUUGGCCCCUCUGCUCGAGAACUCUGAGCCCAUCCCAGGAAAGUACAUCAUCAAGCUCCGCGACGAUUUCAACAUCGAUGAAAUUGCUUCUACCGUUCGUCUCUCUGGUGGAAAAGUUGGUAACCUUUUCAGAAACGUCCUACACGGCUUCGCUGCCGAGCUGUCCGAUGAGGUCCUCGACAUUGUUCGUAGACUUCGCGCCGUUGAGUACGUUGAACAGGACGGCGUCUAUCGUACUCAGGUCACCUGGGGUCUAGACCGUAUCGACCAAAGGAAUCUCGCUCUUGACAAUGACUAUAGUCCAAGGGGCACCGGAAGCGGAUAUACUGUGUGGGUAAUCGAUACCGGCGUCUUGGAUACCCACAAUAACUUUGGUGGUCGUGCUGACCAAGUGGUAAACUACGCAGGUGGUCAAAGUUCGGAUUGUAACGGACAUGGAACCCACUGCGCUGGGACAGUUGGCUCCAAUACCUAUGGUGUCGCGACGGGUGUAACCAUCAAGGGAGUCAAAGUCUUAAACUGUUUUGGAUCGGGCUCCAAUACCGGUGUUAUCUCAGGGGUGGAUUAUGUAAAGGCCAAUAGCGGAAGCAAGGACGUUGCUUCAAUGUCACUGGGAGGAGGGAUCUCAACAGCUUUAGACACUGCUGUCGAGCAACUUAUUUCUUCAGGGGUUCCAACCGCCGUGGCUGCUGGUAAUGAUGAUAGCAAUGCCUGCCUCUCUUCUCCUGCACGUGCUUCGACGGCAAUCACAGUUGGAGCUACAGAUAGUAGCGACAACCGCUCAUCAUUUUCCAACUACGGUAGCUGCCUAGACAUCUUUGCUCCAGGUACUUCUAUCACGUCUACUUGGUAUACGUCUAAUUCAGCAACCAAAACCAUCAGUGGAACUUCGAUGGCCUGUCCUCAUGUUGCUGGUGGCAUUGCACUUUUCGGCAAAAGCACUUCUGAUAUGCUUGCUGAUGCUUCUUCCGGUAAGAUUAGUGAUGUAGGAACUAAUAGCCCUAAUAAACUUCUCUACGUCGGAUAAUGAGUGGUGGCGGCCCGCUCCAAGCAGCAACGAAGCAGAGUUAUGAAACAUUAAAAAAAAUAAUAACAAAUAAUAAU